UGCGCGACUGGCGGUUUCCCCCCUCCGGUGGCUUUUCUGCGUAUUCGCCAUUUUGAUCAAUGCUGUGGCGUUUACCUGCCCUUUAGAGGCUAAAGGCGUUGCACGUCCAAAGCUACAAAGCGAGUCCCGCGCAAGAAGGAACCGGCACCAAGGUGAGGCAUACCGCGACCCAGGAGCCGAGGCGGCGGUGGCGUAGGAGACGUUUACAUAGGCACUGAUCGUCGAGCCGGUCCGAUGCGGGGCUGUGUACUUUGCGCGGUCUAUUAUGUUUGUCUCAACCGUGGCCCGUCGUCAUCUUCAGUGCUUUAAGGAGGAGCUCAGCCCGCCAGCGGCACAACGAUGAGCAUCGAGUACCUGCGCGAGUACGGAGACCUCAUGGAGCCGGGCGACUACGACGGCACCGCCAUGCCUGGCCCCCCGCCACCGGCCCGGGAUGAGCGUCAGAGGGACCGCGACAGGGGCCGACGGGGCGAACGCAACCGAGGUCGGGAAUACCGCGGCCGAGACCGGGAGCGCGACCGCAUGCUGGAGCGGGAGCGGAUGUUGGAGCGUGAGCGCAUGCUCGAACGCGAGCGUUUGAUGGACCGCGAGCGUCUGGUGGACCGGGAGCGUCUGAUGGAACGUGAGCGCCUGUUGGAUCGCAACUUCUACGAUCGUCGUGACUACGAUACGUCACCGGUUGGCCGCGAGAUGGCAGCUCGCGAUGUGGCAGCUCGCGAUGUGGACUACCGUGGCCUGGACGAACCACCAGACCGAUACCCCCGGCGGAGAGAAUACGACGACAUAGACCGCGACCGGCCGAGGCGCCGCGAUCGUGACCGGGACCGGCCCUACCGUGACCACUCGUGGGACCGGGACCGCGGACGGGACCGAGACCGUGACAGGGAUCGAGACCGGGACCGCAGUCGGGACCGAGAUCGCAUGUUGGAUCGCCGCGAUGAGAUUCCAAACAGCACCAUUAUGGUUCGGGGCAUGCCGGUGGACACAACGGACGCCGAUCUGCGAAAUGAAGUGGUUCGCUACGGCCUUGAGCCGAAGGACAUCAGACUUAUGAAGCGCAAGGACACAGGUGCCUCCAGGGGGUUUGCAUUUGUGGAGUUUCGCUAUCUCUCCGAAGCGGUUCGGUGGAAGGAACUGACAAAGGGUGUCAUUCAGCUGGGUGACAUUCGUUGCACUCUGCACUACAGCAUUCCCAAGGAAGGCUUUGGCAGCUUGGACCGGGGCGGGAUGAUGGCCCGCACGGACUGGAACUGCAGCAAGUGUGGGGUGAAUAACUUCAGGCGCCGAGACAGCUGCUUCAAAUGCAGUGCCAGCAGAGAAGAUGCUGAAGCGUCAGGCACGGGUGACGGCUACGAUGAGAUCAGCUCUGUGCCUACCAACACUCUUCUUCUGCGGAACCUGGAUGUACUUACGACAGAGGAGCGCGUCCUGGCUGUGCUAGGCCAGACGACCAACGUCCCUAUUAAGAGUCUAAAAGUGGCGCGUGACGCCGCCACAGGUGUGUCACGUGGCUUCUGCUAUGUCGAGCUGCACACCGUCGCAGAGGCUGCGCAGCUGGACGAUCUGUUGCUCAACCUGGGUGGCCAGUUUUACAUUGACGGUCGACAGGUGCUCGUGGCCUACGCACGCAAGCCAAGGACCACUUCCAGUGCGGUAACAGCCAAUGUUGCGAGUGUUGCAUUGGCUGCAGCACAGUGGACAAACCAGCCAGCGACUCCUGGCAGUGCAACUACUACUCAGCAGGCCUCAGUGAAUGUGGCGGCUGCACCAGUGACGUACGGCCCCCAUCCCCCCGAAAGUGGCGUCGCGUCUGCUGCUACUACAGCAGGCCAGACCGUGUCGAGCCUGGGCACGGUGGUCGUGGACGGGGUGAGCUACCCCCGCUACCCCGUUCCCGACGUCUCUACCUACCGGUACGACGAGAAGUCUGGCUACUACUAUGACCCCUCGACGGGCCUGUACUACGAUGCCAACUCGCAUUACUACUACAACUCGGAGGCCCAGCAGUACAUGUACUGGAACAACGAGAAGCAGACCUACUUGCCAGCACCCACGUCGACGGCCACUGCCGCGGGUGCCAAUGCCAACGACCAGGCUGCAGGUGAUUCUGCCAAUGCAGCGGGGGCUGCUGCAGCCGGUGAAGCGGCCGAUGCCAAUGACAAGAACAAGGGGAAAGCCAAAGACAAAGAGGACAAGGUCAAGAUAGCCAAGAAAAUAGCCAAGGACAUGGAACGUUGGGCCAAGACGCUCAACCAGAAGAAGGAGAACGCCAAGCAGGGCCUGGUGGCCUCCGCACAAAGCUUGGCUGACGAGCGGCAAUCGGCGGCGGCCGAUGCGGGCUUUGCCAUUCUCGAGAAGCACCAGACCGUCACUGUGGACCGCAUCGCCUUCGGUGGAAGCCUGCUGCAGCCCUCUGUGCCCGAUAGCCCCUUGGUUGCCGCCGGUGUGACUAGCGCAAGGGAGACGCUGGUGCCCGAGUACGGGGGUGGCUCGGAUUCGGACUCCGAGGCUGAGUCGAACGACGAGAGCCACCUGCUGGACUGGACCAAGCUGGCGUGCCUGCUCUGCAAGCGGCAGUUCCCCUCCCGUGAAGUCCUCUCCAAGCACGUCCAGCUCUCGGGACUCCACAAGCAAAACCUGGAAGCCCUGCGAUUGUCGAAAGGUUCUGGUGGUGCAGAGGGUCAGGCAUACCGAGACAGGGCCCGAGAACGGCGGUUAAAGUACGGCCAGCCCGAACCUCCCGCUGCUGGCACCUUGCGGGACAAGACGGCCAGGGCAGCACCAGCUAUUCAGAGCUACGAGGAGCCCACCAAGCAAGGCAUUGGUGAGGACAACAUCGGCAACAAAAUGCUUAAGGCUAUGGGCUGGUCGGAGGGACAGGGGCUUGGAAAGACCAACGCUGGCACCACUAACAUUGUUGAGGUCCAGCGAAGAGUGGCCAGUGCAGGACUGGGUGUCAGAGGGGCCACGUACGGAGCGACGGCCGGAAACACUUACAAGGAAUCUGUGAAGAAGGCCAUGGCCGCACGGUACAAUGAGCUGAGCUAAUUGGCUGUGCUAGACAUUUGUGUAUUAUAUGUGUAUGUAGAAAUCUGGGUCCGCACACAACCAGGCCCAAGGUGCCAAUAAAAGCAAGGGGUCCAAAA